UUCUUAUCGUGUCCCCGCGGCUUCGAUCCAUUAUGCCAAGCAGCAUCGUGGUCAUCAGCGACGAUGAGUCGGACGAAGAAGUGUCUGUUGUCGCAGUCCGCCCCUCCCGCUCUACAUCAAGCUCGUCUUUCCCAUCGGUCCAGCAAACAGCCUCCUCGGCCAAAAUGUAGGUACAUCGAAUUGUCGGACGCUACUCCGCUUGAUCAUAGCUCUUUUCAGAGGCAGAAAAGACACCAUCACCAUCCUUUCCGACUCUGAAGACGGAAUCGAGACCGACAAUGACGAUGCUGAGCAGGACGUGUUCAAGCUCAUCGCCGAUGUCGCCAAGCUCAGUCCCGUCAAAUCGCGAGCCAACAUUCUAUCAUCAAGGGCAGGCAAUGGCGUGGAAAGGACUUCGAGUACUAGUAUAUUGGACACUGUAUCAGGUGAUGGGAUUGGGGUGUCUGGUAGAGCGAAGGGAAAGGGACGAGCAUUAGAAGGGACAAGGUCGAUGAUCGAGGGUAUGAGCACAAUAGAUCGCCUUGACGCAAUGGAAGAUCCAUAUCUGUCGUCUCCAGUCGCUCCAAGAGUGGCCACAAAAAGGCCACCUGCGGCAGACACUGCCGGAGCCAGAAAGAAGACCAAGCCAAGCGGCCAAAACAGCGAGGGUCUUUCCAAGGAACAAUUGGCGGCGAUCAAGGCGAGUGCGCGUGAGGCAAAAGCGGCGCAGGACGCCAAAGACAAGGAAGCAAAGCAACUGGCCAAGGACACGGCCAAGGCUGCGAAAGAGGCUGAGAAAUCCCUCGAGAAGAAGAUGAAGCAUGUCAACAAGCUUCGAGUGUCCAAGAAUGAUACUGUGCGCGAAGUUGCUCUAUACCUCUCCGCCGACAUGGCCAAGCCCUCAUCUCCCAUUGCAGGCGCUCUCCCCGAGAUCACCACCAAGCUCAAAGACAACCAGUCUGACCUCCAUUUCAUGUCUGAUUCGGACUCACCCAUACCUGGUGCCAUACGUUUCAAACGUCAUCUGAAGUCAAGAUGGGACGUUGUCGUCAAACGCUUUAUUCCUCUAGAUCAGCCCAGAUGGGUAUGGGAGAAGACCGUACUAAUCCUGAUCACUGCUGAAGAGCUAGUGGACAAGAUCGCUGAUGGGGACGACGCGCUUGUUCAAUGGGCGUCGGAUGUCCGGCUGCUUUUGAGUCUCUCCCAGCAGGAUCAGGUGAUCAUCAUGAUAAAGGGAAUCGAAAAGUACUAUUCCAAGUCAAAAUCCAUGGCAAAUAAAGACUACAUGAGUGCUGCAAGGGCUGGGCUGGAAGGCGGCGCCGUGGGAGGAGCUAUGACAGCUGGGAGACGCGCUGUGAGGCCCACAAAGGAUAGAAUCGAGGAGGAGUUGGUCAAGCUUCAAGUGGCUGAAGGAUGCUUCUUGGUACAUGUAGAAAAGACUGAAGAUUUGGAAGAUUGGGUGUUCAAUAUCGCCGCGGACGUUGCCAUCCGUCCGUACAAACUCAUCUCCAAAUCCCACCUUGCCUUUGCGCCCCAGGACGGCCAGAAGAAGGCCCUUGAGUCGACCGCCGUUCUGGAACUCAUGCUCCAAGAGGUGCAAGGUGUAACAACGUCUGCUGCCGCUGGCAUAGCUGCGGAGUAUCCCACAUUCAGGGAUCUAAUGGAAGCAUUCGAAGAGGCGGAAGAGGGCCCUCGAGGUAAAUCGGGCGCUGAGGCGAUGCUGGCGAACUGCAAGGUCGCUACGCUCGUGUCGGGAAAGGCGAGUAAUAAGACAGUGAACAAGGCAGUAUCGAAAAGAGUUCAAAAUGUUAUGAGGAGUACAAAUGGUAGUAAUCUUGUAUAGAUUGUUAUAGUGCGGCACUUGGUGGCUUUAAAGUUGUAUUGAUACUGCUGUAUGUCGUAAAUCCUUACUUGAGUAUACCAGCGUUAUGAGGAACAGACUGUCGACACAUCCCAUCAGCGAUUACAUUUGCACUGUUCAUCUUCAAGUAGUUGGGAUCAACAAUGAUAAACGUAUGAAGAAUCCCACUUCCGAGAAGCUACUGAAUAAUGUGGUAGUCAUCCCUCCUCAUUGGACGCCUGAAAUCUCGCCCAUCUGAUGUAGCUUGCAGUCUUCGCUCUUGUCCCGGCGCCUCGAC